AUGUCGCAUCCAAAAGAAAUUGACAAGUCGAUCGCAACUGAUACUAUUAUAGCUGAAAUCAAUUCAUCUCCUAACGACGAACAAAUCGAUUCAAUUUCUUUCACUUCUGAAGAACUUCAAACUACGAUUCGUAUUGAAGGUGAAAGUUCCAAUUCAACAAAUGAAUCAUACUGCAGUAACAUAAUUGAAGAAUCUGAAUAUAAACCAGAUGUCCCUACAGAAUUUGUACUAGUUGUAAACAGUGUUUUCAAAUCACUAAAUUUGGCAGUAAAAAUGUAUACUGAUUAUGCAGAAAUGGCAGAUUACAAAGUUAAGAAAUUCUUUGAAAUGCACAACCACCCACUGGAAAGUAUUGAGGAAAGACCUUAUACGAAAAAGGAAAGAAAGAUGUCAUAUUCUGAAAAAGAAUUUGUAGUACGUGCAUCAAAAGCUAAAAUUGGGGCGAAGGUAACAGACUACAAAAACUUGAGGAGAGGAGUAAAUAGAAUCUUAUGUUACAAGGAUGCUCAAAUAAUGAUAAACAAAAUGAAUGAUCGUAGAGAUCAUUACCCAAAUUAUUCAUUUGAGUUCCUACGUGAUGGAGAUCUGUUGGCUGCUAUGUUUUGGGCAGAUGAAAGAGAAAAGGCUUUUUAUGCAAAGUUUGGAGAAGUUAUAUCUUUUGAUGCAACUUUUAGAACAAACAAGUAUAAAAUGGUAUUUGUUCCAUUCACAGCAGUUGACCACUACAAGAAAUCAGUUACUGUUGGUGUUGGGUUGCUGAGUAGAGAGACAAUUGAGUCGUAUGAAUGGCUGCUUAAAGCUUUUCUUAGAGCUCAUGAAGGGAAAGCACCAAAAAUUGUUCUAACUGAUCAAGAUGCAGCACUAAAACAAGCAGUGGAAUCUAUCUUACCAAAUUCAAGACACAAACUAUGCAUGUGGCACAUAAUGAAAAAACUACAAGCAAAGAUUACUGGCGAUUUAUUUAAAAACAAAGACUUCAAGAAAAGAUUUAACAAGCUUGUUUGGAACAUGCAUAUCAAACCUGAUGAAUUUGAAAAGAAGUGGGAUUUGAUUAUUAAUGAAUUCAAUCUGGAAGAUAAAAGAUGGCUCAAUGAUAUGUUUGAAUUACGUGACAAAUGGAUACCUGCAUACUUUAGUGACACAAGAAUGUCUGGAUUGAUGAAAACCACUUCAAGAUCAGAAAGCAUGAAUUCCUUCUUCAACACUUACUCUCAAUCUGGAAAUUUACAUUUACAUUUCAUGAUGAACUAUGACACAGCAAUUCAAAAACAGAGAAAUACACAACAUGAGCUUGAUCAUCAAACAAAGAAGGCGUUAUAUAAAUUUAUUUCACCACGACCAAUAGAAAAACAUGCUGCAAAAGUUUAUACAAGAGACAAUGAAAUUAACAGAUCUGUCAAUCAAGCAUACUACAACUUUGAAGCAUGUUUGGAAUACGUAAGAAAAAAUAAAGAAAAAAUGGAUUUGUUUGUUAAGAAAACAAAAAGCAUGCUGAAGGAAUAUGAAAACGAUCCUACAAAUGAAUUGCAGAAAAAUAGGACAGAUGUUGAAGAGGUAGAAAAGCUUAUGGGCAUAACUAUUCCAAAAGACAUUGACAUCAAUGUUCCAAAUGUUCAAAGCAAUAAAGGAUGCGGAAAGAAAAGUAGAAUUCAAAGUGCAGCAGAAAUAGUGUAUAAAAAUUCAAACAAGCAAACAAGAAGAUGCUCAAGAUGUGGAGAAAGGGCUCCUCAUAACUUGCGGACAUGCCCAAUCAAACUUGCAGCAGAACAAUCAUCAAAAGCUACAUAG